AUGCAGCCGGGGAACGCCGAGAUCCGUGCCGGGGACCGGCUAACCGGGGCUGCUGCCCGGGGGGAUGUAGCUGAAGUCCGACACCUCUUGCAUCUGGAGCUGGUGCAUCCCGACUCCCAUAACCGCUUUGGCAAGACCGCGCUGCAGGUAAUGAUGUUUGGUAACAUCUUUGUGGCUGAAGAACUGCUGAAGCAAGGGGCCAACCCUAACAUCCAAGAUGGGUCGGGCACAACACCUGCCCACGAUGCUGCCCGCACUGGCUUUCUCGACACCUUGAAAAUCUUGGUGGAGCACGGUGCAGAUGUCAAUGUCCCAGAUGCUUCUGGCUCACUGCCCAUCCAUGUUGCUAUUCGGGAAGGUCACACGGAUGUGGUAUGUUUCCUGGCACCUCAGUCCCAACUGCAGCACAAGGACUCCAAGGGGAAGACACCACUGGAGCUAGCACAGCACCUGGGGCUUUCACACAUCCAGGGCAUCCUUGAGCAGCACCUCUCUGUCCCAGCUUAACUUCAGGAAGGGCCCUCUGAUCUGGGCCACGCUAACUCCCCACUGCCUGCUAGACCUCUUUUCCCCCAGACUGUCCUUUUUCCCCCAGAGCCCUGGAACAAAGGCAGCUUCUCCUGCCCUACCUCAAAGCGUGUGUUGAAUUAUUUGUUUCUAUUUAUACAUAUUGUAUUGAGUUCUCCUCUGUACUCCUGAUUUCCAGCUUUUUCCAAAUCUGCCAGUCCCUUGGGAGCCAUGUGACUCUUGUGCUGCAGCAUUUCUGCUUAACCUUCUCUAGUCACCACCCUCUUGAAUUUCUUCCCUUGGGAUGGUCCCAAGCAUUAGAAGCAGCAUUGGUGGAUAGCAUUCAGGUUGAACAGAUUGGGGUCUUUUUGAUGCAAAGCAUGCAUUUGCUGCUAGGCUGGGACCACCUUCCAUUCUCACACCUCCCCCAGAAUUUCAGCGGGCUUGUGACCCUUGGUGUUUUCCCUUCAGGGCUACAAUUCUGCAUCCCUCUUCUGUUCAAUGUACAUGUGGAAGAUCUAGCAAUUCUCUGAUGCAUUGCACUAGGUUCCUAACAAGGGUUAUCAUGGUGAUUAUCAUACUAUAACACCAGCAGUAAAUAAAUGGUGGGUGGCAGAAAACUAACCUUGAAUGGAAGACAUUACUAAGAUUUUAUUCUUAUUUUUGUGGACAGGACAUUCGUCCCUACUUCUCUGCCAAAUACAGGAUCCAGAACUCCAUAAGGUCUAAUAGUACAGGAGUCUAACUCUAUUUUUGUUAAGGUUUUCACCCAUUUUGUGAUCUUCCUAGUUUCUAUCUCAGGAGAUCUUGUGAUUCCUGAGCCAUUAGUAGCUGUUUCCAUCUUGGCAUUUUGGUAGUUAUCCGUGCCUUUUAUGCACUUCUAAAGUGUGCUGAAUCUUUUAUCUUUGGCUAAAGUGUUUAAGGCUUGUUUUGAAGGCUUGUUCCCUGUAAUGAAUUUGUGGAUCUAAGCAAUGUAUAUAGUAGAUUUUAAAGGAGGUGAAAUGUAUUCUAUUUAUUGUGAUUUGCAAGGGUGUGUUUUAUGG